CCCGCCUGCCCUCACCAUUUUAGCUCACACUACAAGCUCCCUUAGUUCACACUUCUUGUUUCCCUUCUGCAGCAGAUCUCUGCCCCUUUUUCCUCUCUCUCUACAAGUAUAUAUGUCUACGGCAGACCCGCCGGCUUCCACCACCGGAGUCGGCCUUGGUUAUGGCAUAGCCAUUGCAGUAAGCAUCCUUGUACUCAUCUCCACCAUUAUGCUCGCUUCCUACGCUUGCGUAAGAGUUAAAGCUAGUGGCAAUAAUCGUACUAGUAGUAGCAGCAGCGGCAGCAGUAAUGGUAGCAGGGAUACCAACGGCAAUAGCAAUGGGAUGAACCAGCGACCCGUUAUGGACGAGAUGGAAUCGGUUAUGGUGGUAUUGGGCCUAGACGGGCCCAUGAUCGAGUCCUACCCCAAGAUUGUUCUCGGCGAAAGCCGCCGUCUGCCUAGGCCCAACAACGGCCCAUGCUCCAUUUGCUUGUCGGAGUAUCAACCCAAGGAUACCAUACGGUGUAUCCCAGAUUGCCAUCAUUGUUUCCAUGUCGAAUGUAUUGAUGAAUGGUUGCGGAUGAGUGCCACGUGUCCUUUGUGUAGGAACUCCCCAGCUCCUUCUCAAGGUCCCACACCUUCUGCCACCCCUUUGUCGGAGUUGGUGCCUCUGGCCUUCCAUGGCAGGUGA